CCCAGCAGGCCUUGGGCUCCACGGAGCAUGCGCAGUGACCCUCUCAGGAGCAUUUUGAUUCCCUGGGUCGAGCAGCCAGCCUGGUCUUGUCAGUCUUCAAUGCAGCAGGCGAGAAGAGCCAUGGCCAAUUUUCGUCUCGCGCUCAUCCAGCUUCAUGUGUCUGCUGUUAAAACAGAUAACUUGAACCGAGCCUGUGGGUUUGUAAGGACUGCAGCACAGCAAGGAGCAAAACUUGUGGUUCUGCCGGAAUGCUUCAAUUCGCCCUAUGGCACAAAAUAUUUUCCAGAAUAUGCAGAGAAAAUUCCUGGAGAAUCCACACAAAAGCUCUCAGAGGCUGCAAAGGAAUGUGGCAUUUUUGUCAUUGGAGGCUCUAUUCCAGAGGAGGAGGAUGGUAAACUGUACAACACAUGCACAGUUUUUGGUCCAGAUGGUGCUAUGUUGGCCAAACACAGGAAGCUUCACUUGUUUGACAUUGAUGUUCCUGGGAAAAUCCGGUUUCAGGAAUCAGAAACACUGUGUCCUGGUAACAAGUUCUCUGUGUUCGAUACUCCAUACUGUAAGAUAGGACUUGGGAUCUGCUAUGACAUCCGUUUUGCUGAGCUUGCCCAAAUCUAUACACAAAAAGGUUGCCAGCUCCUGGUGUAUCCAGGAGCUUUUAACCUGACAACUGGGCCAGCCCACUGGGAACUGCUCCAAAGAGGACGAGCUGUUGAUAACCAAGUCUAUGUGGCAACUGCAUCUCCUGCUAGGGAUGAAAAGGCAUCAUAUGUAGCCUGGGGACACAGCACUGUAGUAAAUCCAUGGGGAGAGGUCAUAGCCAAAGCAGACAUUGAAGAAACUGUUGUCUAUGCAGAUAUUGAUUUAAAGAAGCUUGCAGAGAUUCGUCAGCAGAUCCCUAUUCAUUCCCAGAAACGAUCUGACCUUUACACCGUAGAAGCAAAAACUGCAUGAUAAAGUGUUUUGAAUCACUAUACCUCCUGCUGCUACAUGUAUUCAUCUUUAGUAAAAUCAAGUUAAAAAGGUUAAGUACAUGUAAGAAACUAGUAAACACAAUUAUAUAUAUAAUUGGAUUAAUUUUCAUAAUGUGUCUAGAGGGACUUCAUCCAUUUCAUAGUAUAACAACUACCAGUAGUGCCUUCACCAUCAAGCACAUGACUGAAAAAAUGAAAUAGUAAGCUAUUCUCAUGCUGCAACAUAUCCUUGAUUUGGCCAAUAUGUUUCAAAAGGUAGGAACUGUUUCUGUUGCUAUAUGCAAGACUUGUCACCUGGAUACACUUCUUUUCUAAACAUCCAUCUUGCAAACUCUAGUCUUACCUUGGUUUUAUAUAAUGUGGUCUAAAGCAGUGUUUUUGUGUUCUUAGCUCUGUAGAUGUUUUGAGAUUGAACUUGCAGAAAUCCCAGGCAGUAUGGCCAGUGGUCAGGAAUUCUAAGGGCUAAAGUCUCAAAUAUCUGGGCCAAAUUUGUAAGACCAUUCACUUGGAUCCUCCAUGUUUUGGACCUCUGCUCCCAGAGUCCCUCAUUGUUGGUCAUAUUAACUGGAGUUUCUGUGUGGGGAGCCACUGGUCUAAAGUGAUGAGGUCAAAUUAAGUAGCCAGUAUGGAGGCUGGUCGAAUUUAAAGUAUGAAUUAGAUUGCUGGUAAAGAGCAUGGCCUAAAGAUUUGGGCUAUCUUUGGUGUUGUAGAUAUUUUGGAGUAGAACUCCCAUAAUCUCUUACUACUGAACUCUGUAUGUUUAGGUUUCUGGUAGUUGAUAUAUAAAAUAGUCACAGGGCCAAAGUUUCACCACCCAACCCUGCUGUGUCAUUGGCUGAGUUCUGAAGUAUUGCCUUCUAGUCUGUUAAGGCCACAAAAAUACGGUAGGCUCAAACACACCACACUGUUAUUAUAUCAGUGAGGAUAUUUCUCAGUAGAUUCAAGAGUUGUGGAUACUUGUUCAGAUUUUCCUAAACCCUAAAGAACACUGGCAGUUCUUGCCAAAUUGUAAGCCUACUUCUGAUCUGCAGAUUGCAGCUCACAGGCAUUAAAAGAUAAUGUCAAAAAGAUAAGGAAUUCCUUCCAUACAGACAUGUCCAACAUUGCCUUUUUUCUUGCCAUGGUCAUUCAUGGGUGGAAGGAUUUAUAUAUAUGAAUUCUGAAUUAUGUCAGCCUCCACCUAGUGUUUGAAGAGGUUCAGCCAAAUGGCAUUGGUGAGAACUAGUCCCAAAUGCUGGAGACAAAACAACUUUUUGGAAGGAAUUCCUACAUCAUCUCUCACUCCUUCCUCCUCUGAACAUCUUGAUAACCGUAAUUUCUUCCUACUUUAUACAUUGCUAAACAAAGGCUUUCUUUUGUCCCCUUCCCUUUUUACUCAACCAGCUUCUUUUGUGUCAGGGGACAGAGGGAAGGCAUAUUUUGCCACCUGCUGUCCCAAUUCCCUUUUUGCCAAACCAUUUCCCUUCCAGCUACAGGUAUACCCACUGAACACAUGCAACAGCCAUUGGACAAUAAUUCGUUGUUUAUUGCUCACAAAGUGACUUUGACUUAUAGUGACCCUAUGAAUGAGAGACCUCCAGGUCACCCUGUUAUCAACAACGCUGCUCAGGUUUUGCAGAUUCAGAGCCAUUGCUUCUUUCAUUGAGUCUGUUCAUCUAGAAUGCAGUCUUCCUCUUUUUGUGAUGCCUUCUACACAGUGGAUAUAUAUUCACAUAGGAACUCUGACAACAUGCUGGCAUUUUUUAACAAGAUCGUUAACCACAGAAAAUACAUUGUUCUUUGUUUCCCUUAUUUUAAAGGCAGAAUAUUUAUGCCCAUUAUCUAAUUUUUAUCUAUUAAAUUUUACACUGAAAGAAGAAAUCAAUUUUUAUUACAAAUACAACAGAACUUUUUUCUUUUGUUUUGGGAUGUUCCUUUUUGGUGAGGUUCAGAGAUGCCUGGCCCUCUUGGGUUUAGAAAACAAAUGUAAGCUGUUGAAACAAACACACCAUCAAUGUGUAAUACAGUGGGGGUAGUUUUUGUUUAAAUGUUAUAUGAAUUAAGAUUUUUACUGGGUUAUGCUACAUUUUUAAUUUGGCAUCUUGCGUUCAUUUUCUUUUUGGCUAACUAUACAUUUCUUUGAACUUACUGUACAGAAAAGCAGUAUAAAAAUGGGGAUGAGGAGAUUAGACCAGAUCCAACUACUUUAUCAUUAAGGUCCAAUGCCAUCCACUGAAUCAAAGCUGGCAUCCUAUUAGAGGUCUGUACUCAACAGUCAUCAUUGUACCAUCACCUAACACUGAUAUACUUGCCCUACAACAUGAUUUACAUGCAAAUCUGAAGUAUGAAAGGAAAACCACAAAUAUUCAGCCCCAGAAAGGUACCAAAUUUGAAAGGGAUUAUCACUGUUCAUCACCAAAUUAUAUUUCAUCUCUUUCUUCUCUCUGGUUGAUUAGCUGUUAUGUUGCAUACAAUAAAAAGAAGCAAAAGAAA